AGCACUCGUAGAGAACGGUGAAAGUAAUCUUGUACGGUGCUUCUGGCUAAGGAAAAGGUUAUCAGUAUGUUGCUGUUAAUGCUGUUGAACGUACUGGCGGAUCAGCGCAGCGCGGCAGCUACUACCUGCGGAACAGAUCUUAAGAAUCCGAUGGGAAUUACGGAUCCCGGAGAGGGUGUGUUUCCGUGGCACGUUACAAUUACCUAUUCCUAUAGCGGAGAAUCAUCCGAUCACAACUUCCUAUGCAUUGGAACGAUCGUGUCCGAAAGCAUGGUGGUAACGGCUGCACACUGUGUGAAUGAUACAUCAAAUCCCGCGCGUUAUCGGCUAAUAGCGGGGCUGAAAGAUCAAGGUAGCGUGCAGGGAGAAUACAGCUACAAUGUGGCGCAGAUAAUCCGGCAUCCCGCAUACCUUCAGGGCACACACAACAACGAUAUUGCCCUGUUGCUCACGGACGGUGACAUAUUGUUCACUGCGAACAAGAAGGUCCUUCCAAUUUGUUUACCACGUAAAGAGAAUGAGGACGACAAUGCCACCGUAAAGGAACUGUUCGACAAGAAAGGCUACGCGACCGGUUGGGGCAUGAACGAAGAUGGGACGACAGGUUCGAGGUUAAAAUGUGGCGAGGUCGGAGAGCUUGAUGUCGAUAGCUGCCGAGAGCAACUCCUGGAGCAUAAUCACUUUUUGCUGUACAACGAUGCGGUGUUUUGUGCGCGUGCUCCGGAGAAUCAGAAAAACACUUCCGUUUGCUUCAGUGAUCAAGGCGGUGGAUUAUCCGUUUACAGGGGAGAUCGCUGGUAUCUCUGGGGCAUCGCAAGCGUUGCUUCGCAAAAUACUACCGAUGUAACCGAAUGUGAUCUUAACGCAAUCGUCGGGUUUACCGCUGUCGAAAACUACACCAAGUGGAUCGUAGAUAAUCAGAAUGUCCAGAAGCAGACCGCCGCGAACUUGUUACGGGACCCAAACUGUGGCAUCUACCAGAACGAUAAGUUGGAUAUGGAAUCGGCGAAUGUUACGUCCUAUCAGUAUCCUUGGAACGCGUUGCUGGAAUUAAAGAAUGAGAAAGACAAAACCAUGUUAGUCUGCGGUGGCGUAUUAAUACACAAACGGUUCGUGUUAACGAUAAGCCAUUGUCUGGUUGGCAUUCCUGAACACCACACACUAACCGUUCGGCUUGGUGCGUAUAACGUUUCGACAACCAACGACACGUUCAAUGACCCUUCUGCCGCAGGACAACUGUUCCCCGUUGAACGGGUCAUUACUAAUCCCCACUUCGACAAAACUCACUACGAUAACAACUUAGCCUUGGUUCAGCUAAAGUACGAUGUUGACACCACUAAGCCCAACAUAAAGCACAUCUGUCUACCGAGUCUGCCGGACUAUCUGCCGACAAACUUGACGGUAACUGGAUGGCUACGCAACCAGCAGCACUUCCCAACUCUACAGCGUGACUCGAUAAAUAACAUUUCGGCCGAAGAAUGCAGAUCAAUCUACGAAAAAAUUCAAAUGGAGCUACCCGAUGCACCGGACACUAUCUAUGGCUCGUUUAAUGGCCGUGAGAAACAUUGCGAUAACUACAACGCCGGCUCGGCACUACAGUACGUCAAGUUAUCGGACCAAAAGACACGCUACUUUUUGGCCGGCUUGUUGCAGUUUAACUAUCCCGCGAGCUGCAUCGACGGUUGCGAGACCUUCGUCACUAUCGGGUACAACGCCUCGUGGAUCUAUGAUGUGAUUAAGGCAUUACCGGCUAGUGAAUAGAAGCCGAAACAAUCGGACUAAGGCUGCAGAGCAUAUUUAAGAAGCAUGGGGAACCGAUUGUAAAUCGUUGUUAACUGUUUGUCAAAAAUAAAAUGCUGCUAG